AUGACUGCCAUGGAGCCUGGAACGAAAAAGAAGCGCAUUUCGAAGAAGAACAAAUCCGCCUGGCGCAAGACAGACAUUCAAGAUGUAGAGCAGUUCCUUGAGGAUCAGCGCCAGGAGGAGCGCAUUGGCACGUUCACAGAAAAGCAGGAUGAGGAUCUAUUCGUGCUGGACUCCACGCCGCUGAAGGCGAAGCCCACUGUGCUGAGCAUCAAGCAGAAGCGGAAGCUGAAUGCCAAGAAGCCCAUGCGCACAUUCCAACCCAUGGAGAACACAUCCAAAGUGCAGGAUCCCAUUGUCAAGCGCAAUCAUGUGAAGCAAAAGAAGAACGGACGCAAUAUCGAAAUGGAGGUGUGUAAUCCCACCAAGCCGCGCCAUCGACAGGCCAACAGCGAUCGGGGCCAGUACUAUGUAAAGAUGGAGCAGCGCCUGGCCGACAAGAAGAGCAAGAAGACCAACUUUGACAACGACAUUUGGCAGGAUGUGGACUUUCGUGACAAGAUUCCGGGCCUGAAAGACGAAAAGGGUUGGAUCAGCCGCGAUCUGGCCCUCCACAUAGCCGGCAACGUGGGUAAAAAGUUGGUCAAGACUCACGCCAGUAUGCACCACAAGACCAUCAAGGGCAAGAAGUUUGUCCCUCCACAUCCCGGCAUGAGCUACAAUCCAGCACUGGAGGCGCACAAGCAGUUGUUGUCGGAGGUCGUGGAGCGUGAGGAGGGCAUCAUCAAGAAGGAGCAGCAUUUGAAGCGCGUCACCACCAGUAUGUUCAGCAAAGUCACACCCGAGCAGCGCGACGAGCGCCGCCUGAUGGAGCUGAGCGAGGGAAUGGAUGAAGAUGCGGAUGCGAAAGAGGAGGAAUCCGAGCAGGAGGAGGAUGACCCAAACGAUUCGUCGGAUAAGGCCUAUCGUACAAUCAAUGCCGCCGUGGAGCGAGAUUCAAAGAAGAGCAAACAGGCCCGCCGCAAGGAGCUCAAGCAGAAGGAGCUGCAGCGCAAAACGGAGCUCAAAAAAAAGCUCAAGCAACAGACAGCCGAUCUGAUCCGCAUCAAAUCGAUUCGCCAUGAACUGGAUGACGAGGCCGAGGACCUGAACGACCUGAAGAAGCGUCGCAAGCAGCGGGCGGAGAAGAAGAAGUUCGAGCCGAAGCGCCUGGGGCGGCACAAGUUCGAGGAGCCCGAUGUGGAUGUCAAUAUGCCCGAGGAUCUGGCCGGCAAUCUGCGCAACGUGAAACCGGAGAGCAAUCUGCUGAAGGACCGCUUCCAUCUGCUGCAGAAGAACAACAUGCUGCCCACAACGGUGGCCGUCACCCGCAAGAAGGCCAAGGUGAAGCGUUUCGAGCGCAACUCGCACAAGGAUCCCGGAACCAGCUACCAAGAUCUGGCCGAUCGUCGUCGUGCCGCCGCCAAGGCGGCCAAGCAGACCCAGGAUACCAUUCAAAUAUAAGGCCUUAAAUCUUCGAUUAUAUAUAUUCGGUUUUUUUUCCUCGUUUAACAAAAAUGUAAUUAAUUUUCUACAGAAAUUAAAAUCCACCCACACUUAGGGUGAAUCCUCCUAGAUCAAGGACUUGCCCAGA